AUGAGACUCUCUGCCUUGAAUUGUCUUGCGUUCGUCGCUACCAGCAGUGCAAUUGUUCGAUUCCACUGCUCCCAACUUGUGACCGAAAGACUCGACCCAUUGAUCAGUCCAGGUCUAUCACCUUCUAGCCAUGUCCAUCAGAUUGUGGGCGGGGUUCGUAGAUGUUCCUGCACAUCCACAUACAAUUCUAAUUUCAACAGAAUUCAUUUAAUGCCACCAUGGAUCCCAAAAAAGAUAUGCCAGGCGAAUCGACUUGUACAAGUUGCCAGUUUAGCGAAGACUUUUCCAACUAUUGGACCGCAAUAUUGUAUUUCAGAGCCCAAAACGGAAGCUAUAAACGUGUGCCUCAGCUAGGAAAUAAUCAAUUCAGAACUGCAAAUGGUGGGCUUACCAUUUAUUAUAUGCAAGACGCGGUAAGAAAGGAAUAAUAGUCUGUUACUUUUACUAAUAAUAUAAGAUUUACGAUAAUGCUCAGAAGUCGCAUGUAACUGCUUUCCAACCGGUACGUGUUCAGUCUCCCAAAUCUCCACAACUCAGAACUAAUCCCCAUUCAGGGGUUCCGUAUGUUCAUCGGAGACAUCAUGGCAAGAACCUUACCAGAAGCAGCCCGCUUCCGCCAACUGACCUACACCUGCCUCGACACCUUCAACACCCGCCAACCAGAAUGGAUCAAAUUCCCUACACGAAGAUGCGCCGAAGGAAUCAUGACUUCCCUCCGCUUCCCAACCUGCUGGGACGGUAAAAAUCUCGAUAGUCCAGACCACAUGGCACACAUGUCCUAUCCCGAGACCGGAACUUUCGAAAGUGCAGGUCCUUGCCCAGCUUCUCACCCCGUCCGUACAGCCCAAGUCAUGUAUGAGGUAGUCUGGGAUACUAAACCUUUCAAUGAUCUGGACUGGCCUGCGGAUGGACGUAAUCCCUUUGUUUGGUCUUUUGGUGAUGCGACGGGGUAUGCGAAUCAUGCGGAUUAUGUUUUUGGGUGGAAGGGCGAUGCGUUGCAGAGGGUUUUGGAUACCCCGUGUAACUUCUAUACGAAUUGUAGCCAGGAGGCGCCGGCGAAGGCACAGUUGCAAUCGAUUGAGAAGAUGAAUGCUUGUACGCAGAAGGUUGUUGUUGAUGAGGAUAUUGAUGGAUGUAAGUCCUCUGUGUCUCAUUUUUUGGGGGCAAGGGCUGCGGACUAAUACUAAUCGAUCUUGCAGGGCUUCCUGAACUGCCUGGUGGAUAUCAUUCUCAAUAUGGUCCCACAAAUUUGUAA